AUGGCUCAAAAACGACAAGACAUCCAAGGGAUACGUGGCUGGGCGAUUGCUUUGGUUGUCACAUUUCACUUCUUUCCUGCUUAUUGCCCGAAUGGAUAUGUUGGAGUAGAUAUGUUCUUCGUCGUAUCUGGCUUUCUUAUGGCUAUGAUCAUAACAAGAACGGAGGUGACAGCUUCGUCUUGUAAGAAUUACUAUUACAGAAGGUUAUCUUUCAUCUGA